AGGGAAGAUGGCUCGCCCGGACCCGCGCUGCUAGGAGGAGAGGGGCAGGUGGCGCGGCUGCUGGCGGAGCUCAGUCUCCGGGUUGCCUCGGUCGCCGUGGUCGCCGUGGUCGCGAGGCGAGGCCGCGGUGGGUCCGGAGCUGCUCUGACUGAAGGCUCGGAACAAAUGUAGAAAGAUGUUCACUUCAGAAAUGGGGGUUGUGGAAGAAUGGCUGUCAGAAUUUAAGACACUCCCAGAAACAUCUUUGCCAAAUUAUGCCACAAAUUUGAAAGACAAGGGUUCGUUAGUUUCAUCUCUCUAUAAAGUUAUCCAGGAGCCACAAAGUGAGUUGCUAGAGCCUGUGUGUCACCAGCUCUUUGAGUUCUACCGCAGUGGGGAGGAGCAGCUGCUGCGGUUCACCCUACAGUUCCUCCCGGAGCUGAUCUGGUGCUACCUGGCUGUGUCGGCCAGCAGAAAUGUGCACAGCAGUGGCUGCAUCGAGGCCCUUCUUCUAGGAAUUUACAACCUGGAAAUAGUUGACAAACAGGGACAUAGUAAAGUACUGAGUUUUACAAUUCCAUCUUUAUCCAAACCAUCUGUAUAUCAUGAACCUUCCAGCAUUGGGUCUAUGGCUCUGACUGAGAGUGCGCUAUCCCAGCAUGGCUUAUCAAAAGUCGUGUACAGUGGGCCCCAUCCUCAGAGGGAGAUGCUGACAGCACAGAACAGGUUUGAAGUGUUGACAUUCCUUUUGUUGUGUUACAAUGCUGCCUUAACCUAUAUGCCCAGUGUUUCUCUUCAAUCACUGUGUCAGAUUUGUUCAAGAAUCUGUGUAUGUGGAUAUCCCCGACAACACAUAAGAAAAUACAAAGGCGUAAGUAGCAGGGUACCAAUUUCAUCCGGAUUCAUGGUGCAGAUGCUAACAGGAGUCUAUUUUGCCUUCUACAAUGGAGAAUGGGAUCUAGCUCAGAAAGCAUUGGAUGAUAUUAUAUACAGAGCCCAGCUAGAAUUAUAUCCAGAGCCACUGCUGGUUGCUAAUGCAAUAAAGGCUUCAUUGCCUCGUGGUGCCAUGAAAUCUAGUAAGGAAGGUACAAGGUGUAUUCAAGUUGAAGUCACACCAACUUCCUCUAGAAUAUCAAGAAAUGCAGUUACCAGCAUGUCAAUAAGAGGUCACAGGUGGAAAAGACAUGGAGAUACAGAAUUAACAGGUCAAGAAGAGCUGAUGGAGAUAACUGAAGCUGACGAGGGAUUUUAUUCCAGGGCUGCGUCUAGCACCAGCCAGUCGGGUCUAUCAAACAGUAGUCACAAUUGUAGUAACAAGACAAGUGUAGGGAAGAACCAGAGACGGUCGGGAGGAAGCAAAGCUGGAGCAAAAGAGAGAGAAACUGCAGGGGAAUCUUGCAGAGAUCACUUUGCUCGCAAACAAACCCAGAGAGCCCAGAGUGAGAACCUUGAGCUUCUCUCUCUGAAGAGACUGACCUUGACCUCCAGCCAGUCCCUGCCCAAGCCCAGCAGCCAAGGCUUGGCUAAGACUGCGGCCACUGUGUUUAGUAAAUCCUUUGAACAGGUCAGUGGUGUCCCAGUCCCACGCAGCCCCUCUCCUGCUGUUGGCUGUGUUGCUGGUGCAGAUGCCCAUAGAUUUUCUGCUUGUAGUCUCCAAGAAGAAAAGCUCACUUAUGUGUCAGAAAGGACUGAGCUUGCAAUGAAGUAUCAAGCAGGUCCACAGGGACCUCCCAGUAUUAGCAUCACUUUGUCUGCAGAUUAACUUGUAACUUAUUUUUGUCCUGUAAGCAGUGAAGCUGGAAAGAUGGCUUUGCUCCUUUAUGAAAGUACUGAGUCCUCAUGCCUGGUCCUAGCAGGAAGCCUGUGUCUCGAGUUCUGAUGGCUCCUUGGACUAUGAAGGGAACAAUGUCUAGUUUGCAGUAAGCUGAGGCAUGGUCUUGUUAUCUCUUGGGUACCCUUUUCCUCUUGGUUUGAGUUCUGUAUUCUUUUCCUCCUCUUUUCUGUUGGUUGUUAUUGUUGUUCUGAGAUGGUCAGUGUGACAAUAAAUCUUACAGUUGUGGAGUUGGUUACUUCCUCAGUGAGGUGGUUUUUAACACCUCGUAUUUUAGUAUCUGUGUGUUUGCCCUGAGAAGUCAGAGUCUCUGUGUGAGAGGACUCGGCUGUGGAUCCUGGACAGAGGAGCGAGUCCAUGAAGCCACGAUGACAAACAGGCAUGUGAGAAAGCAAAAAAAGCAAUGAGAGCAUUGAGGAUGUCAAGUGCCAGGAAAAGCUCAGUGACCACAUCACCCUUCAGAUGAGGACGGUUUGCUCACACACUGCAAGUUGCCUGGCAGGACAGGCAAAGGGAAGGUGGAAGGACUCCUGUUGGUGUCCUUAGAACAUUAAACAGCAAAACUGAGAUGGCUGGUAGAUAAUGUUUUGAGUGUUUGGUGUGGAUUCCACAGGUGAAAGUCCCUUUGGGUCUCUAAAGUGUAACCAGCCAUGAAGCUGAUUGACUGUGCUGCUCGACUUAGUCUGUAUUUUAGAGUUCAGAGCUCGUCACAGAAGACUUCCUGGAAACCACUGUAAAUCUUGCAACACAGCUCCCACGAUACCAGUGUCAAGCAUUUAAUAGUGAAUCGUCUGCAAAUGAAGGAAAUACAUUUCAUCUACAAAAAUGUGAUAAAAAGAAAAUGAAGAUAGUGAAUAUGGACAAAGGACAUUUGUGCGCUAUCUUAGGAUUGCUUGUGUUUGUCUUCUAAAGUUUAACAUAAGAAAAGAAAAAUGUACUUCUUGCUUGUGAGCUUCCAGUGUCCCUGUAAUGAUAGAGAAAGUAUACUUCAGUUGCACACCCACCCCUGCCAGUCUAUACCUAAACCAAGGAAGGUAAUCAGGCAGAGGCUAAACAAAUGUAUCUGGCGCUCUUGAGAGCUCUGCGACUCUGGACGGACUGAAAGGCUCGGUGCCUGUGCUGUCAAUGAAGCCGGUGAGCUUGGAGUGAGAGGAAGCAAGGUCAGCCGGGGAGACCUAGGAAGCAUCACUUGUUGGUUCCAUUGAGUCUUAGUACACCAAGGUCUCCUUAUUUCUAGUCCCUAGCUGUGGUCACAGAAUGUGCUUAUGUUUCCCUUUUAAAACUGCACAAGUUGUAGAAUGCAGCACAUUUACAAUUGAGAUACAGUUUUAAAUGCUUACCUGUCAGUUUCAGCCUAAUUAUUCAACAUCUGAGGGUGUUUUUUUUUUUAGCAUAAAUAAGUUUAACAUUUUAGUUUCAGUAACAGAAUGAACUGUUGGCUUAAAUUGUUCUCAAAAGUUAUAAGUUAACUAGACAGUAAAAUUGAUAUUGGAAUGAUUUAAUAGUAAUCUUAUAUACAGUUGAAAAUGUUUGUAAAAUGUCACUGUGAAUUUCCUGUUGUCUUGUAAUUCUUUAAUGAAAAAAUUUUCUUACGUAUAGUUUCUAACAGUAUUGAUAAUAUUAAGAAGAAAUUGAAGAUUGUCAUUAGGCAAGUUGAAGUGUUUGUUUAAGCAUAUAAUAAGUGUAAAGAAACAUUAUCUGGCAUAAAUGAGAGAUUAGGAUAAUGUUCAGCUACUAUAAUGAAAAUUCAUUUUAAUAUUGUUCAAGACAUUUGCUACUCAUGUGGUUCAAAGGUCAUUGGUGUUACCUGGUAUCUUAAUAAGACUUCACAAUUUUAGGGGCAGAUUAGUAAAUCAAAACUGGCAUUUUUACAGGGUCCCAAAGGACGCUUGUGUGCAUUCGUCUUUGUGAAGACAGUUUCAGAGUGCUUUGGGUUUUGUUUUGUUUUGUUUUUGUUUUUGGAGACAGGGUUUCUCUGUAUUGCUUUGGAGCCUGUCCUGGAACUAGCUCUGUAGACCAGUCUGGCCUCGAACUCACAGAGAUCUGCCUGCCUCUGCCUCCCGAGUGCUGGGAAACUGAGCCAGGCAAUGUAUGCCACCAACGCCCGACUCAGUUUUGGAAUGCUAAUCAUUAUCUAAUAUGCAGAAGUAUCAGUGGUCUCACAGCCCUCAAGCACAGAUAUUAGACACUAGGUUGUCAUAAUCGUCACUGUUUUUAACAGCUAAUUAACUUUCUAAUAACAUGACUUGUUACACCUCAUUUUAAGUUCCUAGUCCUCUUAUUUCUGUAAUAAAAAUGUAGUCUCUUCUGCUUCUCUUGUUGACUAUGAAUGAAAGCAGAGCCUCGGAUGCUGCAGGUUUUAAGUGGGAAAGGCCUUGCCGGUUUUUCUUGGUCAGUUCCAUUAUGCACAGCAUAUUUGCAUGUGUUCAUUCUCUUUUACAAAAUCUGUAACAGCUUACACCAUGGAGUGAAUCUGAAUUUUUUCUCCAAAUGAUUUAUGCCGAUUUAUUCUCUGGAGGGUGGGAUUAUGUUAACAAUAAAUUCUUUUAUACUACUUUUGAUACAAUUUCAAGUAAGGAUUGUAUACAUUGGAGGCUUUUUAUUAUAGUCAUCAAAGUCAGAUGAUAUUAACUAUGGCAACAAUUGUUAUACUCAUGACUCUUUCCCUACUCAUCUUUCAAAUGUGAAAAAUUGAGUGGCUUUGUGGGUCACUUUGCUAUAAAGGUGUUAAGUGCAGACAUUUUGUGGAUCCAAAGUAAUGGCUUCCAUUCCAAGAGGAUUCCACACAAAGCUGGGGCCCAGCACCCCAUAGUUCAGAUCUAGGAUAGGUUCUUGCAUUAACCUGACCCUUGCAUUCUUAAAGCUGUGCUGCCUGGACACUCCUGUGAAGCUGUGCCCAGCACUAGCCUCUGAGACCCAUGUCAAGAGAGAAGAAGAGUAGACUUUCCCACUCGGGUGCCUCCCUUCCUCUCUCUCUUGGGAGCCUCCGAAGAGCACCCUGGCAUCACUGGGACAUUGCCUGAACUGUCCAUCUCUGUAGCACAAAGAGCAGGGUUCCCCAACAGCAACAUUUCAUUGUCCUUUCAAUUAUAAAGCAACCACUCUGCAAAUAAUACUUAGGUGUUAAAAGUUGAGUUAAAGGGAGAUCAUAUAUAUGUGUGUGUGUGUGUGUAUGUAUAUGCAUAUGCAAAAGAUCCCAAUUUAAAGGGUCAUAACUAAAAUGUUGAAUGGUAAAUUAUGGAAGAAAGUGUUUACUCUGAAACCUGAUUUUUAAGCAAAGAGUUGAAGUAAGGCAGCUUAAUGAUUAGGUCUGUAGGCACAUUAAGUGUCCAUACAGGAAAAGCACAUUAAGGAAGCAUAUAUUAAGUAUUGUAACAGAAAAAUAGUUUAAAAACACAAUGUUAGGCACUAAGGCAUUGUAGAUAGAAUUAGCGUGCGGUGUUGUCUUCCCAGUUAGUCCUUUAGUGAGCACACGGUCCCACUUGCAGGUUUGCUGCAGAGUGCUGACCCAGCGGGCACUGAGGUGUGUGCCUGACCCUGCUCAAGGCUCUCCAGACUGCACGGUGUGCUCGCUCCCACACACUGUCACUGUGCACUGAACACUCUGAAGAGGCUUCUGUGUUUCACAGUAGCGUGCUAGUGGACACGGGUCUCAAGGGUGGUUUCUUCUCCUCUCCCCAUACUAUCUCUUGUUGGAGCUGGCUGCACCUCUGACCUUCCCUUCUGAUCACGUGGUAAUGCUAAACUCUUCUCUCAGAUACACUUGUUUGUCAUUGUAUUCCCAGAGUUUACAUUCCUAAGAAUAAACACAACUUUGGAUAUUUUUAUGUGCUCUCUAUGUUUUUAAGGUAUUAAAUAAACUGGAGUUGAGUUUUUUGAA